GGGCCAUGAGCGUGGGCUUCAUCGGUGCCGGCCAGCUGGCCUGUGCCCUGGCGCGAGGCUUCACUGCCGCAGGUAUCUUGUCCAGCCACAAGAUAAUAGCCAGCUCCCCGGAAAUGGAUCUGCCCACAGUGUCAGCUCUCAGGAAGAUGGGCGUGAACCUGACCCGCAGCAACAAGGAGACGGUGCAGCGCAGCGACGUCCUCUUCCUGGCUGUGAAACCACACAUCAUCCCCUUCAUCCUGGAUGAGAUCGGGGCUGACGUUAAGGCCGGACACAUAGUCGUCUCCUGUGCGGCCGGUGUCACAAUCAGCUCAGUGGAGAAGAAGCUGAUGGCAUUCCAGCCAGCCCCCAAGGUGAUUCGCUGCAUGACCAACACGCCCGUGGUGGUGCGGGAGGGUGCCACAGUGUAUGCCACGGGCACCCACGCCCUGGUGGAGGAUGGGCGGCUCCUGGAGCAGCUCAUGAGCAGUGUGGGCUUCUGCACUGAGGUGGAGGAGGACCUCAUUGAUGCUGUCACAGGGCUCAGUGGCAGCGGUCCUGCCUAUGCGUUCAUGGCCCUGGAUGCCCUGGCUGAUGGUGGCGUGAAAAUGGGCCUCCCGCGGCGCCUGGCAGUGAGACUGGGGGCCCAGGCCUUGUUGGGAGCUGCCAAGAUGUUGCUGGACUCAGAGGAGCACCCAAGUCAGCUCAAAGACAAUGUCUGCUCCCCCGGAGGUGCCACCAUCCAUGCCCUGCACUUCCUGGAGAGUGGGGGCUUCCGGUCCCUGCUCAUUAAAGCUGUUGAGGCCUCCUGCAUCCGAACACGAGAACUGCAGUCCAUGGCUGACCAAGAAAAGAUCUCCCCAGCCGCCCUCAAGAAGACUCUCUUGGACAGAGUAAAGCUGGAAUCUCCCACAGUGUCCACGCUGACCCUCUCUAGCCAAGGGAAGCUUCUAACAGGAAGCCCAGACAAGAAACAGUAAGGCAGCUUUUCCCCUGCUCUGUGGUCCAUGGCCCUCAGCCGAGGGGGCCU